AUGCACUUAGCCCUUAACCACUAUCCACUAGAUACUUCAAUACUCGAGAAGAUUAAGCCAAACUUUUCCUUUUCCAGCGACAAGAGCGGCGGGUUGUAUUAUGAGAAUGCUGGUGAUUCCGAAUUGUUACAAACCCAUUUGAGCUCGCCUAUAUUGAUCUUCCCCAAUGGAUUUCAAGACGAAGCCAUGUACAAGGCCAAACACAUUAUUGAUGGAAAAAAAGUUGUUACUUAUGAUGGGAAUUCAACCACUGGAACGCUGGAGAUUGUUAAAUUGGACAAGAAGAAACAUUCUUUGCAAAUAUUCACCAACCCAUUGAGCAAUCAAAAGACUUGCUCAGAGUUGGAAGUCAACAAGGAGUUAAUCACCAGCCACGACCGUGUGUUUGAUGAGGAUUUCAAAAACAUGGUUGAAACCCUUAUACGUCAGUUGAAAAAUGAAGAUGCAUUAAAAGACCUUGCAGGAUUUUUCGAGGGCAAGUUACCUCAAAUGGUCAAAGAAGGUUCCGUUCGCAAACAUUUCUACAAGUUUGCCGGUACUUCUGUGUGGAUGCCCGAGCAUGGUGUGCAUCUUAUGGUGUCUCGAGUUUUGUUUUCGCGCAGAGGUAUCAAAUGGAAUCCACAAAUCUCCUUGCUCUAUGCUCAAGUGUUUGAUGAGAACUGGCAAGAAAUGACCAACGUUGAGCUUGUUGUAAACACAAUGACUCCCGAAGGCAAAAGAGAAUAUCAGAACUUGAGGUUCCCACAGUUUUUACCUAUACCUUUUUAUCACAACAGUGAUUUCACCAAGAGACGAUGGUACGGCCCAGAGGAUACUAGAAUAAUGAUGGUGCAGAAUGAAAUGGGCAAACAAGAACCAAUAAUAAUUUUUAAUUCUGAUCAGCGGAAUUUCAAGGAGCAGAAAUUUGUCAAAGAUUUGGCACAAUUGAAGCCAGAUCAAAAAGAGGAGGAAUUACCCAACGAUAUUACUAUGCAGAUCAGUUACGAAAUGCAUAGAAGUAUAUUUGUUGGCUGGCCCUUCCGAUACCAACUAGGUAAAACAAACACCGAUGGAAUUGCAGAUGAAAGAUUUGACAAUGUGAAGUAUAACAAAGUUGCCGAGUUGAGAAUUAAUGGUGAAGCACGAAAAAAAAUUGAAAAGAACUGGACUCCAUUUGUUGAUCCCAUGGAAAGAACUUCAGAUGGUGAUAACCAUCUUUAUAUUAUUUACAAGUGGGACAAUUUAGAAGUACUCAAAUGCCAAUUGGUACUGAAGGAUAAUGAUUUAGGCAAGUGUGAUUUUGUUUAUAAAGAUCCAUCAGAGGCCAAAGACAAUGCCAAGAUUGGUCCGGUCCGUGGUGGAACAGAGAUAAUUUCUUUAUCGACCAUUGAUGCAAAAAACCCACAAUAUCAACGUACAUGGGUUGGCUUUCUUCGAGCACAUAUCAACCAUUGUGGUUGUGGUCGUUCCAUGUACAGGCCCAAUUUCUAUAUUCUUCGCCGUGACCCCGAUUCAUCAACAUUCAAUGUUAUAUACUUGUCUUCCUCAAUUGCCUUUGAUAUCCCUGUGGUUGGUUGGAGAAAGCAUGAGGUGCAAUGUGCCAAGCGUGAUCCAAAUGUAUUGAUCCCCAAUGGCAUUUCAUCGUGGCAAAUGGAUACUGAAAGGGAUGUAGAUGUUCUUAGUUUAACAUUGAGCGUUGCUGAUGAAGAUAAUCGUCUUUUGCAUAUAUAUGGAAUCAAGGAAUUGAUAGAUGAAUUAUUAGCUAAUUAUGAAAAUAUGGCUAGCAAUAACGGUGAAAGCAAUGUGAAUCUGGGAAACGAAAUAUUGAUGGACUGUGCAGUUGAAGCUAGUAAACAGUUUUGUAAAGCUUAUGGUGAUGAACAAACUAGAUUGGGAACAACCGAGGAGGUGCUUUUGGCUAAACAAGAGAAAAACAGUAAUGAUCAAGAUGAAAAGAAGAAACAAGAGGAGGAAAAGGAAAGAAAAAAGAAAUUGGAAGAAGAGGCAAACAAGAAAGAAGAGGAGGAGAAGAAGAAGAAGACGAUGAUGAUGAUGAAAUCUGGUGAAGCCGGAGCCAAGGAGCAGCAAGAUCAAGUAAAUAAUGAUGUUAAAAAUUCUCAUGUCGACUCUUCGAAGGACGCAGAUAAAGAUGAUGUUGUAGCAGAAGAGCAUUUAAAUGGUUAA